AUGGGUGCUCCACCACCGGCCACGGUAGCCCCCUUCAAUGGAUUCACCUUCCGCCUCACAAAAGCUCCGGAGGCUUUUCUCCCCAAACUCUGCUUCCACAACAUUUUCACCAUGACUCCAUCGUGGCCGUGUACAUGGUGGCAUGUGGCUGGGAUUAGGAAAUUUCACUGUGGAUUAAAAUCUUUCCAACGCCUCAACGGCCACUUGCUGAAAAGAAAGGAGAAGUUCCAGCAGAGCUGCAGUGAGCAGUGUGGGUCCAUGGUCUCAGUUCCCAGCUCCAGGAUGUUGCGGCUGCUCCACGGACACCGAAGUUGCAAAUCCCGCCUGGUCACCAAAGACGGGCGCUGCAACAUUGAGUUUGGCAACAUCGAGUACAGCAACCACUUUGCGUACCUGGUGGACUUCUGGACCACCUUCGUGGAGAUCCGCUGGCGCUUCGUCUUCCUCCUGUUCGUGGCCUCCUUCACGGGGAGCUGGUUCCUCUUCAGCCUGCUGUGGUACUGGAUCGCACAGAGCAACGGGGACCUGACCGGACAGAACAGCACUGACGGGCACGUGCGGUGCAUAGACAACGUGAACGGCCUCACGACGGCGUUCCUCUACUCCCUGGAGACCCAAACCACCAUAGGGUACGGUGGCAGGGCGCUGACGGGUCACUGUGCCGGCGCGGUGGCUCUGAUUGUCGCCCAGUCUCUAAUCGGAGUCUUCAUCAACUGCUUCAUGUGCGGCGUCGUCUUGGCCAAGAUCUCGUCGCCCAAGAAAAGGGCGAAGACGGUGACCUUCAGCAAAACAGCCGUCAUCUGCCUGAAGAAAGGAAGUCUGUGCCUCCUGAUCCGAGUGGCCAACCUGAGGAAGACCUUGUUAAUCGGCAGCCAGAUCUACGGCAAGCUGCUGCGGACCACGACCACGCCGGACGGAGAGACCAUCAUUCUGGACCAGGUGGACAUCGACUUCAUGGUCGACGCUGGCAAGGACAACUUGUUCUUCGUUUGCCCUCUGACCCUCUACCACGUGAUCAACGUGUCGAGUCCCUUCUACGAGCUCUCGGCCGACACCCUCCCCCAGCAGGACUUCGAGCUGGUGGUCUUCCUGGACGGCACGGCCGAGUCCACCAGCUCCUCCUGCCAAGUCCGGACCUCCUACAUCCCGCAGGAGAUCCAGUGGGGCUACAGCUUCCUGCCCAUCAUCUCCCGCACCAAGACCGGAAAGUACCACGUGGAUUUCUCAAACUUUUCCAAGAGCGUCCGGGUGACCACGCCGCACUGCGUCCACUGCUUCGAGAGCGACGUGGACCAGAGGAACCACAACAGCCACGGAGAGCAGAAGGGCGGCAUCGACAACCUGGGCUUUCAGGUGAUCGACCUCAACGACUUUGUGGACAUCACGAAGAUGUAA